AUCUAUUAAAUGUAAUACAUAGCAAACGUGGAAGUUGUUUUGCAAAGGGGUCGAUGGGAAUGUUCUACCGCAUAUAAUAUCCCAAUUUUGUUAUAAAUAUGGAAUAUAUAUACCGUUUACCAUUUUUAGCAUUAGAAGUACCGAACUUAAAAUUAAAAAAACCAUCAUGGUUUGUGAAACCUAGCGCUAUGGUAGUUUUCUCGCUUAUACUUUUGUCAUAUUUUCUAGUAACUGGAGGUAUAAUAUAUGACGUAAUUGUGGAACCACCUAGUGUAGGAUCAACAACAGAUGAACACGGUCAUGUAAGACCUGUGGCAUUCAUGCCAUACCGUGUAAAUGGGCAAUAUAUUAUGGAAGGACUGGCAUCCAGUUUCCUCUUUACUUCAGGUGGAAUUGGCUUUAUACUAUUAGACCAAACACAUAGUCCAUCAACGCCUAAACUCAACAGAGUUCUUUUAAUAUGUGUUGGAUUUAUUAGUGUUAUUGUGUCGUUUAUUACCUGUUGGAUUUUCAUGAGGAUGAAGCUACCGGGAUAUCUACAAUCAUAAAUUCAGUCAGAUUAAGAACGAUGUGAAUUAGAGAUCAAUAUUUUUUACACAUUAAAACUAUCACAUUUUGUACCAAAUAUAUUUAAAAUGUACUUUACAAAUAAUAUUAAAAAGAUAUUUAAAAAUCGUGUCAAAUAUAUCUCAAAAGAUGAAAA